AUGACGUCAUUACUCGGUGGAAGCAGUAUAUUACACAUAGCAAAUCGAUUAGGUGGCUUGAAGAAAGAGGUCCCAUCGGAAGGUGAGUAUCUUUUGGCUUUGGUUACUGUAUUCGAAGGGAUCUACCGUAUCCGCCCGCGCUUCGGUAGCAGAGACCGGAUUAAAGUCACCAGCAAAGGGGAGGAGCGUCAUCAAGAUCAAAGAUAA